UCGUAGGGGAUAAAAAAAACGAAGAGGGAUCUCUCAGCUAGCAAAGGUGGAGAGAGAAACUGCUGAUGUAGCCUCCACCGGUAGCUUAUACUUUUACCCACCAGAAAAACGGUCUCUUUCACUUUCAGCACCAAAAGCAGAAUUCCCAUAGGUUCGUCAGCUGGUAACAAAGUAAAUAGCGAGUCGGGCGAGGCAUUUGGCAUUUUGGUCCAUUCGAACAUACCUGAGAGUCAGCGACUGGGGAGGAACUAUCCGAGUUUAGAAGGCACCUCCCCUGUCUAUGAACCCUAAUUGACAUCGUUUAACUUCUCAGACCACAAUGUGGCAAGAUUCAUGUGUCGUUGACUGGCUUCCUACAUGGUUGCACUACCCAGUGCCGUUUUUCGAGUUUUGGCAUAUCCGAAUUUCUCUGUUGGUAUUAAGAGAAAUCUACCAUUUGUCUGGUUUCAGUCUUUCUAGAUAUGGAUCCAAACUCUCAGGAAGUCUGUGGUAGUUCCCAUUCUUCUGCCUCUACAAAGCUUCUGUUGUACUCUUACUGGCAAAGCCCAUGUUCAUGGCGCGUCUGGUUCGCUUUAAACCUAAAGGGACUCACUUAUGAGUACAAAGCGGUAGAUCUACUAAAUGGAGAGCACUUUAGCCUAGAAUUUGAGCGUCUGAACCCUCUUCACUAUGUUCCAGUGUUAGUGGAUGGUGAUGUUGUGGUUGGAGACUCUUUCGCCAUCUUGUUGUAUUUGGAAGAGAAAUAUCCCCAAAAUGCUCUUUUGCCAUCUGAUCCUAAGGGCAGUGCUCUUAAUCUCCAGGCAGCAAGUAUUGUUAGCUCUAGCAUUCAUCCCCGGCAUCUAAUGUCACUUUUGGAAUACAUUGAAGAAAAAGCUGGUCCUGGAGUACGACUCUUGUGGACUGAAAAUCAUAUGGGAAAAGGUUUUGAUGGUCUUGAGAAGUUGCUGAAAGAAUUCAAUGGCAGAUAUGCUACAGGAGAUGAAGUAUACAUGGCUGAUGUUUUUCUAGCACCACAAAUUUGUAUAGCAAUCAGAAGGUUCAACCUUGAUAUGUCCAAAUUUCCAACUUUAAGUAGGAUCUAUGAAGCUUAUAAAGUUCUACCAGCAUUCCAAGCUUCUCUGCCAGAAAGACAACCUGAUGCUAUUGUGCAGUAGGAUGCAUUAUCGUCUCCAUGAUGUCCAGCAAUAUAUUUUGCAUACAUAUACUGGCUUAUCUGAACUGAUACAUUAUUUAAGCAUUUAUGAAUUAUUUCCAUCAAUCUUCUAUGGGAAGGGUAUCAGAUCCUUCAACUAUUCAAGAGUAUAGACAAUAAAAUAAAAUGGAAAGAAAUGUUACAAAAAUUUCAUAUUUUUCCAUUUACUUUCUCUGGGGAUGCUUAGUGAUAUUUUGAGAACCAUAAUUAAAAUUACCAGAAGCUGUAUGCUACUAUGGGUUUAAGUAUUCUUAUUACGUGGAAACUUGGCAACAUUUGAAAUAUAUUAUUGGAAAUGAUUCUUAUGGAUAUUUAUUUUGAACUUCACCAAUCUAUUAAAAAGCUUUUGAUACUGUCUAGCCAACCAAUCAAAGACGUAAAGACUACUGUUAGACGAUGACUGGAAAACUACAAUCGUAGUCACUGGUUCUUUUUUUCCUCUGUGGUUUCAUGUACUUUCAUCUAUAUGUUUACCUACGUAUAUGAUUGUUACUAGGAAGUAGGCACUUUAUAUGAAUUAUCAGUCUUUGAUAUUGAGGGGCAAAGCCACCCCCUCCCAUUCAUAAGAUUUUGUGCAAUUUCUCCACCUUCCAUCCCCCUCUUCCCCCUGUGGAAAAAAGAAAGCCUUGCAUAUGUUUGCUCUUUCGAUAAAAUCUUGAUGGUGAAGACCUCCACUUAGCAGACAUUAAGGGAUAUAGGUCAGAACACUGAUUUUACUAGAAGACAUUUUGAAGUCGGAAAUGGGGGUGACAUUUCGUUAGAUCAUAGAGGUUAGGUAUAUCAACCUUUAGCUGCUACUAGAUAUUGUGGAUUUAAACACUGCCAUAUCUGGAGAACUGGGGUGCCAUAACAUGAAAACAUAAUGGUAGCAUGGUUGGUUGUAGCCAGCACAUGUACACACUACUUCCACCUUGGUUUCCCUUGCAGUCAAUGUGGCUAUAUUUCCUGUGGUCUAUUGUCCUGCUGCAUUAUAUCUGUUGGGAUGGAUUUCUAAAACUUGGUACCCUUGAAAUAAAUUUUGGCAACUGAAAACAUAGUAUGAGCCUAUGAGACAUGGGAGUAAGAGAUUUCUAUCUUCAUGGAAUGAUGACAGUUGUUCUUUGACCGCUAAGGUUGGUCAGGAAGUUUGAGAAAGCUGCCACUUCUUCAGUUUUCAGGUUCACAUAUUGUUCUGCUAUUUGUUGCUUUCAGACUCACAGGGAGGAUAAUUUUGCACAUUGACGUAGAUUCGCUUUCCUCUCUUCCUGUUAGAGGCUGACUCAGAAUUUUAUGCUGGGAUUAUUCGUGUGGAUCGGCACACCAUUGCUAAGGUACCAAGGCAGUCUUCAUUCGGCAGGAGAGGAUCCAGUUUUCUUGUCAUCAUGGAACUGAAAUGAGGAAGCCAGGUUCGGAGAAAUUGAGGAUCAGGGUCAGAUCGGAUUGGCCAUGCUGCCCAAUACUGGCUGAUUCCAUCCCUUUUGGAAAUUGGAUUGAAAGAAGGCUGAAUCAGCCAUGGUUCAAGAAAUCAGGAGUGGAGUAUAGGUAUGGAUAUUUCCUCCCUCUCCCUACCGUAAGCUUAAUGUUGAUGCAUCUUGGAGUAAGGAUCAAAGAGGGGGAUUAGGAAUCAUGAUCAGAGACCACCUGGGGCAUCCAUGUUUCGCAAAGUCUAAGCCAGCAGUUUUUAGUAAUAUUCUUCUAGAUGAGGCAAUGACUGUUAGAAGUGGAAUGUUGGAGGCAUUCUCUAAUAGGCUGAUAGCAUGGAACGGUUUAUAGUGGAGACGGAUUGCAAAGAGCUCGUUUCUUACAUCAUUGGAACAUCACCAAACAUUCUAUUAUUUGUGUAGCCUGUGACUGGGGACAUCUUAUUAUAUUUGUCUACUUAUUUUCUCUCAUGUACUUUUAGUAUGUUCCUAGGGAAAUAAAAAAGUUAGCUGAUUCCCUAGCCUGGAAGGUGUUGUCAUUAAUGUGUAUGACAGUUUGGCCUAAUUCCACUCCAUGGUUGAUGGAGUCUUGUACCUUGUCAAUUUUUUUUUUUUGGUAAAAAAACAAUCAUAUUCAACUGAGUAUUAAAAACUCAUUGGCGUAGAGUUACAAGCCUCCAACAACCAUGGAGUGGAAAUAGGCCAUACUGUCGUACAUGUCAUUGACAGAGCCUUCCUGGCUAGGGAGUCAACUAUCAUGUUAAUCUCUCUAGGAAUUUUCUCAAAGUUACAUUAACUGAAAUAAAGAGGUUAAAUGAAGAAUAUCUUCCAUUAUAGGCUGCACACCAUUGGAAUGUUGGUAGAUGCAUGGUUUAGGAAAGCAUACAACUCUUGACAAUCCGAUUCUACCAUAAAAAUUUCCAUACUAACCAACAGCUUCCACCAGGUUACUUCGAAUUACCAUUGGCUCCCUUAACGAAAUGCUAUUGAAAUUGGAUGGUUCCGACUUCGCCAGGCAUGGUCUUUCCAAAUGAUCAAGAAUCACCAUACCAAGGCCUCCCUUUUGUUGAUCCUAAACCCAAGCUACAUCUGUGUUGAGUUUGUAGAACCAAAGAGGAGGUAGGCAUAACUGAGUUACUUGCAGAAUUGUUGUCAAUUCCCUGCUGAAGCAGUAGUGGAUGAUGGAGGUUGAGCCUGCAAAAAUUGUGUGACGAGAUGACAGAGUCAACCGCUUUAGAAGUGUUCAGCUAUUUUACUCUUUUGUCCGUACUUGGCCUGAAUCAGUUGUAGCUCUCUGCCAAAGUGUCUCCCUGUAAGCAUGUGAAUGGGUGGGGCUUGGGUAAACAGCAAUGUACUGAAUCUGGGUAUACCAAUUUGGGAUGUGGCUACGGGUGGUGCAUUCAAGUUGGAGGCCAUGGAAAGGGUGUUAAGGCCAUGUUGAAAUGUAGCUACGGCUGAUGGAAUGGGUGAUGAAAUAGGUGAUGUGGCUACUAGUGAUGGAAUGGGUGCAUUUUGGUUCACAACCUGAUUGUUAGAUAUACAUGGAUUUAGGAUAGAGGAGUUCUGGAAAUUGGGUCAAUGGUAGUUGGAAAGGAGAGGCCGAGUGAGUCAUCAUGGAUCUGGCUUCCUUGCCAGAGAUGGUGGCAUUAGAUAACUGAGGAACAAGGGAUAGCAAUAGAUUUGCUAACUACCUAUUUUGAAGGAGAUGAUCUGGUAAGGAUAUCAUACCAUUCGGCAUAUCAAGGCUGACUGAGGGUUGCAUACCUUGGAUAAGAACUGCUUUGAGAGGGACCCCCAUGGAUGCUGCUAGUUGUAGAGCAAACUUAUCUCAAGCUUUGGAAACAUUAUAUCCUCAAUAUCAUCAUCAACAGAACAUCCUCCUCUGGAUCCAUAUCAGUUUGUUCAUCCGGCACUCUCGAGACAGGUGGUACACCCCUUUGAUCUUCUUCCAUAGCAGUUGGUAUACAGGAGAGACUUGCUGGAAAAAUUAGGAGUUACGCAUUGAAACAAAACAUUCACGAGAAAGGUUUUAGCAAGGUUUCAAGUAUACAGAAUCAAAAUUGGUUUGAAACCUAGAAAUUGAAGUAAAGAUUUUUUUUUCUU